AUGGCGCUUCCUGAAUAUGUGACAACACUCGCAGCCUCCGCAUCCUUCUUUCUGCUGGUGUUUUUAUGUAUUCGCUUUCGCCGUAAGCUUCAAGUGACCGGGAGGAGAUAUCUGCGCAGUGUCAUGGCGCGGACAGAGAAGCCGCUCUUCCGGAUUGCAUACACACUGUAUACAAGAACCAGGCUGGGUUACUUCUACUACAAGAGACAAAUGAGGAAAGCCCGGGAGCUGUACCCAUCUGGACAUUCCUCCACUCAGCCAAUGGAGUUCAAUGGUAUCAAAAUAAUUCCCAUCUCAGUGCUGUCUGACAACUACAGCUAUCUCCUUAUCGACACGGCUUCGAGUGUUGCAGUGGUAGUGGAUCCUGCGGACCCUCAGUCAGUUCAAGCAGUUCUUGAACAAGAAGGAGUGCUGCUCGAGGCUAUACUGUGCACACACAAGCACUGGGACCACAGUGGAGGAAACAAAGUGUUGAAGCGGCUCCACAGCUCGUGCCGCGUGUAUGGAAGUGCAGUUGAUAACGUCCCUGGACUCACACAUCCUCUCUCACAUAAGGACACGGUGGACGUUGGGCGGUUGCACUUCAAGGCCCUGUUCACCCCGGGUCACACUGUUGGUCACAUGAUCUACCUCCUGGACGGCAGAGCGGUCGGAGCGCCCUGCAGCCUCUUUUCUGGGGACUUGGUGUUUUUGUCCGGAUGCGGGCGAACGUUUGAAGGCACGGCCACCACCAUGCUGUCAUCGCUGGAUACUGUGAGCUCUUUAAGCGACGAUACCCUGAUGUGGCCUGGCCACGAGUAUGCAGAGGACAACCUGCUGUUUGCCACUGAGAUGGAGCCACAGAACCUGGUCCGGGAAAACAAGUAUCAGUGGGUGCUGCAGCAGAGAGGACAGAAGCUGUGCACGUGCCCUUCCACAAUCGGAGAGGAGAAAGACUACAACCCUUUCCUCAGGACGCACACGACAGACCUGCACCGGGCCUUGGGUUUACAGCAGCAGGAGGACGAAGACUGGACCCCAUUCAGAGCCAGAGUCUUGGAGGAGCUACGCAAACGAAAAGACCUCUACAACAGAAGAUAA